GAUCAGCCAACAGUUUCUGAACACAGCCUCCCGAACACCACCACGACCAUGAGAGCCUUCGUCAUCGCUUGCCUUCUCUCCGCAGUUGCCCUUGGAAACGCCCAAAAUCGGGCCCCCAACGCAGCCAACAGUGCUGCUGCAAGUGGGGCAGCGACAAGAGGUGGACUGAGCGGAGGUCUGCGGGGUGGAGUUGAAUCCCUUGGUCCCAACGGAGCUCCGGGUGUCACCGUCACUCUUGGAGGCAAUGUCGGUGGUGGUCUUGGAGGCCAGGGAGCGGGAUAUCCUUCAGUGUACAGUUCAAACUACCAGCCAACUUAUGGCCACGGUCAAGGUUAUGGAUGGCCUUCCGUGAACGGAUACUACCAGCCAGGUUACGGUUACGGUUACGGCUACAAUCCUUACAACGCCUACUACAAUCCCUAUGGCAGCUACGGUUACGGCAACGGCUACGGUUACGGCAACGGUUACGGUUACGGCAACGGUUACGGCAACGGACAUGGUUAUGGAAGCCACGGCUACAACCGCCACGUCUAAGUCCGACCCGAUGGCGCCGCAGCCGCAGCUGCUCCGCCUCCUGCCACUUCUGCCCGUGUUUGUGGGUAACCUGCAAGACUACUCACAAAAGAUCCGUAUUACAUCUUGGUAACAGACACCAAAGAUGGGAAUCAAACGUCGGAUUUUUCUCGAAAGCUGUCAUUAUUUUUAUAUAUGCUCGCAGGAUAUUCAUAGCCUCUGAAAAUCUAAGCGUCAUGAAAAAGUAAAUAAAAGGAUUUUG